AUGGGGGACUCAGGAGCAAGACGAUCUACCCUGGUGUCCCGGUUGCCAAUAUUCAGAAGAAGUAUUAGCAGAAGACAUGAUUCUCUUCCUUCUUCACCCUCCUCCAGCAACACCGUUGGGGUCCACAGUUCUUCUCCUUCCAGCACGAACUCCAGCUCAGGUAGUACAGGGAAACGCAGGAGCAUAUUCCGCACCCCUUCCAUUAGCUUCCACCAUAAGAAGGGGAGUGAACCAAAGCAAGAAUCUACCAACCAGAACCUUAGUAUUUCAAAUGGUGCUCAACCUGGUCAGGGCAACAUGCAAAAACUGAGUGUAGAAGAGCACAUUAAAACCAGGGGAAGACAUUCUGUUGGUUUUAGUAGUUCACGGAAUAAGAAGAUAACCAGAUCGUUGACAGAGGAUUUUGAAAGACAAAAGGAGCACUCUGCUAAUAAGAAUGUUUUUAUAAAUUGCCUAAGUUCUGGCAAAAGUGAGGGGGAUGAUUCUGGAUUCACAGAAGAACAAACUCGCCGUUCUGUUAAACAAUCAACACGGAAGCUACUUCCUAAAUCUUUUUCAUCUCAUUAUAAAUUCUCUAAGUCAGUUCCACAGAGCCAAUCCAUCUCAUUGGUACAACAAUCCGGAUUCUCACUGGAAAUUACACAACAUCAAGAGAGAGAGCCGGUAUUAGUCAGAGCCACGACUUGUUCUGCGGAUGUAACAGAAUGGCCAGGAAGCUCCUUACAAUCGUCUUUGCUCUCUGCAGAUCUCACCACAGCUCAGACACCUUCAGAGUUCUUAGCCUUGACGGAAGAUUCUGUGUCUGAAGCAGAUUCGUUUCCCCCAAGCGGAAGCAUGGCGUCCCACUGUGACAACCUUGGCCACAAUGAUUCUACCUCCCAGAGCUCUCUCAAUCCUGCUGCUGUUACAAAGACAACGAUAGAACUUAUGGCAAAUGCUCCUCGUGCAAUUAUGUCUCCUGGGAAGUACAGAUUAGAAGGUCGAGGUAGUACUGAGUCUAGUUCCUUACCUGAAACCCCUGCUGCUAACCAGAAGGAAGUAUUAUUGCAAAUCCCUGAAGUACCUGUUAUGGAUGUGAGUGACUCCGAGAUUCACCUAUCAAUAGAUAAUCAAAGAGGAGAAAAGAUGGUGUUACAAACUGGUGAAAAAAUGCUGGGGACAUGCUCCCCAAGGAACCUUGGAUUGUAUGAGCAGCAUAAAGCAAUACCUGAACAUGUUAAAGGGACACAUCCUGUUUCAGAUUCAAAGAUCAUCCCCUCUUCUGGUGACCAUCAUGCUGUUAACAGAACUUCAUAUGGUUAUGAAGCAAAUCCCACCAAAGCUCUUGCGAGCAGCUUCAGUCCGUAUGGCGAAGGAAGAUUCCUAGAGCGGCGACUUCGGUCCUCAUCCGAGGGCACUGCAGGGAGUAGCAGAAUGAUUUUGAAGCCAAAAGAGGGAAACGUGGAGGAAGCGAACAGUCUGCGGAAGCAGAGAACGAGUUCCUCAUCCUCAAAAAUGAACAGCAUGGAUGUUUUGAAUAAUUUGGGAUCUUGUGAACUGGAUGAAGAUGAUCUCAUGCUUGAUCUAGAAUUUUUAGAGGAACAGAAUCUUCAUCCUUCAGUGUGCCGGGAAGACUCUGACUACUCGCUCCUCUCGGGUGCUGCUGUCGUCCUCCCUCCCAUGGAGCCACCCGGAGAGAUGACGAACCGGGAAGAACGGACUGGUCCUGAGCCAUCCAAACAGAACCUUUCCCUGAAAUUAACAAAAGAUGUUGAUCAGGAAACUAGAUGUUCCCACAUCAGCCGCCUGCCCGGCAGUCCGUCUUCAGAUUGGCCCCUGCCAAGUGUGGAAGACAGUGGAGGCAUGGAUUCUCUGCCUUUCAGACUGAUGUUGCAGGACUGUACUGCAGUAAAGACAUUGUUAUUGAAGAUGAAGAGAGUUCUGCAAGAGAGUUCAGAUAUGAGCCCAGCCAGUAGCAGCACAUCACUUCCUGUUAGUCCUCUUACAGAAGAGCCAUUGACUUUCAAGGAUAUAAUGAAAGAUGAAUGCUCCAUGCUCAAGCUGCAGCUGAAGGAGAGAGAUGAACUCAUUUUUCAACUUCAGGAAGAGCUGGGAAAAGUCCGGUAUUUACAGAAGGCAUUCGCUUCAAGAGUAGAUAAAUCCACACAGACUGAACUCCUGGGCUAUGAUGCCCUGUGGAAUCGUACACGCACUGAAGGUUUAUUUAAGCCAGUAACUCUUUCAACCUAGGCUAAUCAUUAUUUGAGCAAUGAGAACUGCAUAUAUGGAGUUUAAGUAAUUUAAUAGCAUACUUUUAUCAAUCCAUGUUGCCUUUCUCCUAAAAUAUGUCAUACAAAAAUAUUUUCAUCUCAAAUAUAGCACAAUUAAUUUUUGAUUUGUACACUAUUGAAUAAACUAAAGAUAAAUUAAGAUUCUGCUUUCAUAUCACUACCUUAUGUUUAUUGUAUUUGUAAAAGAGAAAUAUGCUUUUAUUUAAAAAUCAUAUCUAUGUGUAGUAUUCCACUUGGCAGCACAUUUUUUGUUAAACUUUCUCAUUUGUAUAAUUUGUCUCCCUGUAAUUUUAUUUUAAUGUGACCACAUAUUAUCUGCUCAUCAGUGUGCUUUGAAAACAAUGCUCCUAGUUUCUCCAUUAAACUGAAGCAAUUAGAACUGAAGGACUAAACUAUGUGUAACUAAUUUUUUCUUCCAUUGAUGCCCAGAGAUGCAAGCAGUAUGUCUUCAGAUGGAAUAAAUAAUGAGUUCUGU